AUGUCUCUUCGAGCACCUUAUCCACCUUGUGCGAGUAGUGAUGGCUACUGUGAUACAGGAUACAAAGCCACGUGGCCUAACACACUUGGUAUGGAUGGAGAACAAGCUAAGGCGAUCAUUGAGAAAGACAACCCAUUGGUGACUGUUUUGAUUAGAGCUCCAAACAACUAUGUAAUUCAUAAUUUCUGUUGUAAUCGAGUCUGGGUUUUCGUUGAUGAGCAUUACAAAGUGUUAGUUAUUCCAAAGAUCUUCCUGCUUGGGACGACUGAUAAAGGGCUUCAGAGAAUCUUUAAGCAAGUUGAAGCCUGGAAAUUUGAUCUUUCAGACGAGGAACCAGAGAUUUUUGUGUUAUCCAAAGGGAAUAACUGGAUAAAGCUUCUAAAACCAAGGAUUGUUUUGUUUGGUGUAGAUGAACAGGAGCAAGGGAACAAUCAUGUUUACUCGAGGGAGUUAGCACAAGAACUUGGACUUUAUGGGGAGUGGCUGUGA